UACACUGUGCGCGUAAGCUUACUCAGUAUAUCUAUAUAAAAUAUAUUGCGUUAGAGUUCACCCAUAAUCAGCCUUAUAUACCAGUAGUGCAGGGAGUACUUCGUCACUCAGAGUCAAUCCACCAGGUCACCACUUUCCAUACAAAACCUGUCUUCUUAAGAAACUGCAGUAUUAUGGCAAAUCAAACCAACAAGCAAGAAGACAAUCCUCUAUCUGGCAAGGUAGCCGUGGUAGCAGGGGCUUCAUUUGGGAUUGGUGCGGCCAUAUCUAAAAUGUUGGCAGCAGAGGGCGCCAAAGUUGUCCUAGUAGCCAGGGGAGAAAAACUGUUAUUGGAGACAAAAGAAACAAUCGAGAAAGAAGGCGGCGUUGUGAUCGCUGUGACAUGUGACGUAACCAAAAGAAGUGAGGUCAAAGAAAUGAUAAGGCAGACAGAGAACACAUUUGGUCCGGUAGAUAUUCUUGUCAACAAUGCCGGGGUGUGGCACUACACUUUCAUGAAAUAUGCCAAAGAAGACCUGUGGGAAGAGAUAGUUGACGUUAACAUUAAGGGCGUUCUUAAUUGUAUCGGAGCAGUGAUAAGUGGUAUGUGUGAGAGAAGAAGCGGGCAUAUUGUCAACGUGUCGUCAGAUGCCGGCAGAAUGCCUUUACAAGGCUUGGCAAUAUAUGUUGGAACUAAGCAUUUCCUGGAAGGGAUGUCACAUACGCUGAGACAAGAGGUGUGUCAUGAUGGAGUCAAGGUGACCAGCGUCCAACCGGGGCCAGUGGACACACCUGGACUCGCUGAAAGAGUCACCAAAAUGGACGAUGAAUGUAAGAGACGCUUUAGAUAUAUGGAUGAGGGUAUCAAACUGACUGCAGAGGAUGCUGCCCGUGCAGUGAUAUAUGCCUUGAAGCAACCAAAAGAUGUAGCGGUCAAUGAAGUUCUCAUUCAACCAAGAGAGAUGCCACUGUAGCAGAGAUAUUAAUACAAGAUGAUCUCCAUGAAAAUGUAUCAGAUUGAAUAGAAAUGUCAUAAUGCUUUAAAAUGGAUAUGCAACCAUUAUCAAUGCGCCUUUAAGAGAAAAAGAAUGAAAGAAAAAUAGUCCAAUGAAAAAAUAAAAAGCACACUCCAUUGGAAGAGACUAACCAUAUGAAAGAUAUUAACACGAGGAACUAAACAGCAUAUUUCAUUUUUCUUUAUAAUAUUCAUAUAAUGAAGGUGGCUGUUGGAAGCCAUCACAUAAAGAUUUUUUCAUUUUGAAAAUGGUACUGCUAUCUGUACCAAAAAUCAAAUCAUAGAUUAUGAAUGAAUUAGCGAUUAUUCAACUUUCAGGAUCAAAUAAGCUGAAACUUCAUGUACAAUCCAGUACAACAAUUCUUACCAUAUCUUUCAAAAUAUAAUUUUUACACAUCAAUGCACAAAUAUUGAGCCUCUGACAGGUCAGCAACAAACCUCUACGGUAAAUACAGUGUAAGUGGUCAAAUAGUGUCGAAUUUAGAUAUUUUUUAUAAAUAAAUUAAUAUACAGUACAAAUAUUUUUAUCAUUAAAAUGUGCCCAUUUUGGAAUUUGGCAUAGAUUUCAAAUUCAAGUCAAUAAAAAAUAACCAUACGUUAAUGGUAAGAUGACAACAUUGCGCAACAUUGUGCGUCCUCUUUGGAAUAAGUUUCAAGACCAUAUACUCGAAAAAACUAAUGUCAAUUUGGAUCUCGAUGACUAUAAAAUCUUGUUUGGAAUAAAAUGCACAACGGAAAGUAAAAAUUUUAAUUUACUUAUUAUGUUUGGAAAACUAUAUAUUUACAAGUGCCUGAAACAAAAAAAGACCCCAAGCUUUCAAGGUCUUUUGGGUUACAUAAAAUUUAUGUAUCAUGUUGAAAAAAAUAUUGCUUUGCGUCAUGGAUCUUGCACAUAUGACAACUUUGUUAAACAAUGGGCACAAUGGUUACCACUUUUUGUUGAAGGGGAAUAGCAGUAGCAUCCCUUUCUUUAUCUUUUGGGUUUAAGUUUUCUAUUAUAUUUUAUUUAAUUUUGUUUUGUUAAUCAGCAGGCACUUAGAGAUGAAGUUACUAUAUUUGAGUGAAAUGGACAGACAACUAAUUAGUCUAUUUUUGUAAACACAACUGUGUAAUGCAAGGAUAAUAUACAUAUUAGCAGUGACCAAGUAUGAGUGUUGUGCGUACGUGGGUAUGUGUGCGUGUAUGAAAGGAACAUAUAUAUAUACUCUAUUUGUGUUUA